AAUGCUCGUGCCGAGGAGGAUGUGGAGCCGGAGCUCAUCAUGGAGAAGGUGGCCAAGGCCUCGGGGGCCAACUACAACUUCCACAAGGAAAGCAGCAGGUUCCAGGACUCGGGCCCUCAGGCCCCGGUGGGCUCCGUCUACCAGAAGACGAACGCGAUGUCCGAGAUCAAGAGAGUCAAUAAGGACAAUUUCUGGGCCAAGGCGGAGAAAGACGAGGAAAACCGGCGGCUGGAGGAGAAGAGGCGGGCGGAGGAGGAGCGGCAGCGGCUGGAGCGGGAGCGCCGCGAGCGGGAGCUGCGGGAGGCGGCCGGACGCGAGCAGCGCUUCCAGGCCCGAUCCAACGAGAUCGAGGCGCAGAAGGGAGCGCCCGCGGACGAUGCCCAACACGGCUACGGCGCCGAGUACCAGCAGGACCUGGCGGGCAAGGGGCUGUGCGCCCGCGCGCUCUACGACUACCAAGCCGCCGACGACACGGAGAUCUCCUUCGACCCGGAGAACCUCAUCACCAACAUCGAGAUGAUCGACGAGGGCUGGUGGCGCGGCUACGGCCCCGACGGCCACUUCGGCAUGUUCCCCGCCAACUACGUGGAGCUCAUCGAGUAA